UCUCCUGAACCGCCGCGAUGUCCCAAAUUCUGAAUUUCCCUCCAAUGUCUCACUCUUCUCCUUCUUCUUCCUCCUUGAAAAGCCACUUUCCCCCCACAAUUACUUAUUCGAUCGUUCCUUUCAAGCCCAGAAAUUUACUACCCACCCUCACAACUCUCUCUAUCGCGUAUCCACUGGGUUUUGCCAAACCCAUUUUGACCAUGUCAUCGGAUAAUAUGACCAGUAACAAUAGUCGCGCCAGCUCAAGAAACAACGAGAGAUGGUCUCUCCUUGGCAUGACCGCUCUCGUCACCGGAGGUACUCGCGGAAUCGGGCUUGCAAUCGUGGAGGAAUUGGUGAAUUUGGGGGCGAGAGUUCACACAUGUGCUCGAAAUGAAAGUGAGCUCCAAAAGUGCCUGGGAGAAUUGGAUGGUUCGGGCUUUGGGAUUAGUGGGUCAGUCUGUGAUGUGUCUGUUCGAUCACAGAGAGAGGAGCUUAUGGAUACUGUGUCCUCUGUCUUCGAUGGCAAGCUCAACAUCCUCAUCAACAAUGUUGGGACAAACGUUCGAAAACCAAUGGUAGAAUUCACUGCUGAAGAUUUUUCUAUCCUCAUGGCCACCAAUUUUGAAUCCGCCUUCCAUUUAAGCCAACUUUCUUAUCCGCUCCUGAAGGCAUCAGGAAUGGGAAGUGUUGUAUUCACGUCUUCCGUGACAGGAUUUAUGUCGCUGAAAUCUAUGUCUGUUCAUGGAGCUACUAAAGGAGCAAUCAACCAAUUAACAAAAAAUUUGGCUUGUGAGUGGGCAAAAGAUAACAUAAGGAGUAAUGCUGUCGCUCCUUGGUAUAUCAAAACCUCUAUGGUGGAGCAAGUUCUCAGCAACGAAGAAUAUCUGGAGGAGGUAUUCUCUAGAACUCCUCUUCGCAGACUUGGGGAUCCAAGUGAAGUAUCCUCUUUGGUGGCAUUUCUGUGCUUACCUGCAUCAUCCUACAUCACUGGCCAGAUCAUAUGCGUCGGUGGGGGAAUGUCUGUGAAUGGCUUUUAUCCCACACAUGACUAGAAGUAUGACCAGGCAGGACUCUCAGCCAUAAUAAGAUUCACUCUCCAAUUGCAGGUAUGCCAUAACCACUUACACUCAUUAGGGUUUGGUGAAGGAGUGGAAUUGGAAUGCAUUAGCACUGUACUAAUAUGAAAGGUGUUAAUAUUGUUGAAGCUCUAGGUCUCUUAUGCCUCCUUUUUAUUUAGGGAAAAAUGCACAGAGCACCCGCGCACUAUGCUCUUAGUGCACUUUGACCUUUUUUCUUUUUUUUUUUCAAUUUAGAGGUACAAAAAUUCUGUUCUAAUUUUAGAACAAAGAAUUGGGAAUUUCUGUCCAAGAUUCUUGCUUUUAGGGAUUAAUUUGGGGUCACGGUCAAUCCUACACAAAAUUUACGUCCUUAGUUUCAAAAACUACAUCAGUUGACCUUGUAUAUACUGAACAUCUCCUUAAUCAAUACAUGGAUAAACCUCGUACACCCAGUGGCGUACCUGAGUCUAUAAGGGUCCCAGGUGAAUUCCACAAAAGGGACCAUGUUUUCUUUUUUAUUUGUUUUUAAAUUUAUUUAUUUAUUGAUUUUUUAGUUGAAAUAUGUUGGGAAUUAUUGAUUUUUAAUUGGUUUUUUUGUGUUUGGACUAUUAUAAAAUUAAUUUUUUUUAAAAAAAUUUGGGGCCUGGAUUUGUAGGCCCGGGGCAGCCU